AAUUCAGCCAAACGAUCAUUCAUGGGUUUCUCCAAGACAAACACUUAGCUGGCAGAAGACUCCAAAGGUCCUGCAGCUACUUCUGAGAGUACUCAAGGCAGCAAGAGAAGCUGCCUUCCAGUGGCCGGUAUGAUGAGCCAUUCUCAAGAGUCUAAGAAAAAGGAGGAUGUGGUGGUGAGGAGAUCAGUUCGCCUCAUGAACAAGCAGGCCAAGAAGCAGGAGGUCAAAGAGGAGCAUCAGAUGAGAGCUGAGGCCGAGAAGAAGUCAAGAGGCCAGAAGAAGAAGCUGACUGCCAAGGAGGUAAAAGGCAAGCACAGUGCUGCAGCGGGGCCCAGCGGUAGCGAGAUCGCCUCUAGUGUCCAGAUUGCCUCCACUGUCCAGACAGGCCCCAGUGGUCAGAUCGCUUCCAGUGUUGAGACCGGCCCUAGCAUCCAGAUGGCCUCCAGCAUGCAGACUGGCCCUAGUGGCCAGAUCACCUCCCGCGGCCGCCCCAGAACCCGUAUCCUGACCGGCUCCCGCCUCGAUAUGAAGUCCCAAGGUCUGGUGACCUACCAAAGCCAGACCCGCCCCUCUGUCCAGAUUGGCCUUCAUGGUCAGACUGGUCCCCAAGAAGAGAUCAGCACCCGUGGCCGCGGACGCGGCCGUGGCUUCACUGGUGGCCGUGGCCUCACUGGUUGCCGUGGCCAAGGCCACCCCUAUGGCCUAGCCAGCUCCCACAGCCAGGCACACCCCCAUAUCCAACCUGGCCCCUACGGCCAAGCUGGCGCAUAUGGCCAAGCUGAAGCUGGCCCCCAAGGCCAAGCUGAUGCCAAUAGCCAAGCUGGCCCCUAUGACCAAGCUGGCCCCCACUCAGCUCAACUACCUGUGAAGCUCCCACGUGGCAAGAAAGGCAUGAAGAAAUAUGAUGACAGAGGAAGGCUGAAUCUGAAUGGGGAAGACCUUUGUGACUGCCUGGAGAGAGAGUGCCUAGGCUGCUUCUACCCAUGCUCCAAGUGCAAAUCCACCAAGUGUGGGCCCACUUGCCGCCGCAACCGGACAUGGAUUUAUGAGGCCAUUGCAGACGAAAGUGGAGAAGUGGUCAGCACUUUCCCAUUUCCCCAUGCUAAGUAUUAAAAGAGCCUGGAUUCUCCUGGGACUCUCUUCAGAGUCUCUCUUCUGCAGUUUAUGAAGUGGAAAAAUAUCUACAUAUAUAUUUAAAAUAGUUAUGAGAUUCCACAACAGAAGAAUAUAUAUAUAUAUUGUUAAAGUGACAGCAGAUAAAAAAAGAAUAAAAAAAACUUUGUGAAGUUA